CUCCCGCAGGGACUCUGCAGACCAGGCGGGUGUCGCUGCAAGCUCCGCGCAGCACUGUGCGUGCGUCCUCCUGCCCCCGCACCUGUCGCGCGCACCCUUGCCUGCACCUGUGGCGCUCCCUCGCUGCCCGCGUCUGUCGCCCGCACCUGCAGCCCUGCACCUGCAGCCCGGCCCAGCAUGGCGGACCAAGCGCCCUUCGACACGGACAUCAGCACCCUGACCCGCUUCGUCAUGGAGGAGGGCAGGAAGGCUCGUGGCACUGGCGAGCUGACCCAGCUGCUCAACUCGCUCUGCACCGCGGUCAAAGCCAUCUCCUCGGCGGUGCGCAAGGCGGGCAUCGCGCAGCUCUAUGGCAUCGCUGGCUCUACCAAUGUGACGGGCGAUCAAGUCAAGAAGCUGGAUGUCCUCUCUAAUGAUCUGGUCACGAACAUGCUGAAGUCGUCCUUCUCCACCUGUGUUCUUGUGUCUGAAGAAGAUAAACACGCCAUUAUCGUAGAACCAGAGAAAAGGGGCAAAUACGUGGUCUGUUUUGAUCCCCUCGAUGGCUCUUCCAACAUCGACUGCCUUGUGUCCAUUGGAACCAUUUUUGGCAUCUACAGAAAGCAAUCUACUGAUGAGCCUUCCGAGAAGGACGCCCUGCAGCCAGGCAGGAACCUGGUGGCAGCUGGCUAUGCCCUCUAUGGCAGCGCCACCAUGUUGGUUCUGGCCACAGAGACUGGUGUCAACUGCUUCAUGCUGGACCCGGCCAUCGGGGAGUUCAUUUUGGUGGACAGGAAUGUGAAGAUCAAAAAGAAAGGUAACAUCUACAGCCUCAACGAAGGCUACGCCAAGGACUUUGAUCCUGCUGUCACUGAGUACAUCCAGAGGAAGAAGUUUCCUCCAGAUAAUUCAGCUCCCUACGGGGCUCGGUACGUGGGCUCCAUGGUGGCUGACGUACACCGCACCCUGGUCUAUGGAGGGAUCUUUUUAUACCCUGCUAACAAGAAAAGCCCCAGUGGGAAGCUGAGACUGCUGUAUGAAUGUAACCCCAUGGCCUUCGUCAUGGAGAAGGCAGGGGGAUUGGCCACCACGGGCAAGGAAGCUGUGUUAGACAUUGUUCCCACGGAUAUCCACCAGCGAGCGCCAGUCAUCCUGGGGUCCCCCGAUGACGUGAAGGAGUUCCUGGAGAUAUACAAGAAGCACGCUGCCAAAUGAAGACCUGGGCCUGCCCUCACCCCAGAGAGCCGCUCCCACACCGCUACCCCAUUCUGACUGUGCAGUCUCAUGCCUAGCCAGGAGACAUAAAAUGCACGGAUGUUUUCACCACCUAGUGCUCUGUAGUUCCUGGUGCUACUUAACCUGAAUGUUAUCUCAACAAUAUCACUGGAGGGAAAGAUCUAUUUUGAGCAGAAGGAGGAGAAAUAAACACAGUAUUCCUUUUUAAAAAAAA